GAGAAAGAGAAACGGGAGCAAGAGAGAAGGAGGCCCAGACAGUGAGGGCAGGAGGAAGAGAGGAGAGGGAGAAGGAGAGCGAGCGAGAGAGAAAGGGUUCCGGAUUGGAGGGGAGAGCAAGGGAGGAAGGCGGUGAGAGAGGCGGGGGCCUCGGGAGGGUGAAAGGAGGGAGGAGAAGGGCGGGGCACGGAGGCCCGAGCGAGGGACGAGACUGACUCCAGCUCUGACUUUUUUCGCGGCUCUCGGUAAGUUUCCAGUCCGUUAUUCAGAGCUGGGACUUCUUAAUUUCCUUGGGAAUGUAGCAGUUUGGGAAGGACACCCCCAGGCUGGGAGAGACGCCCCUUACUCUUGGAAAUCCUUGCUUCCACCGCAGCCAUGUCACUCCUCUUGCUGGUGGUCUCAGCCCUUCACAUCCUUAUUCUCAUCCUGCUUUUUGUGGCCACUUUGGACAAGUCCUGGUGGACUCUCCCCGGGAAAGAGUCCCUGAAUCUCUGGUACGACUGCACGUGGAACAAUGACACCAAAACGUGGGCCUGCAGUAACGUCAGCGAGAAUGGCUGGCUGAAGGCGGUGCAGGUCCUCAUGGUGCUCUCCCUCAUUCUCUGCUGUCUGUCCUUCAUCCUGUUCAUGUUCCAGCUCUACACAAUGCGACGAGGAGGUCUCUUCUAUGCCACCGGCCUCUGCCAGCUUUGCACCAGCGUGGCGGUGUUUACUGGGGCCUUGAUCUAUGCCAUUCACGCCGAGGAGAUCCUGGCGAAGCACCCGCGAGGCGGCAGCUUCGGAUACUGCUUUGCCCUGGCCUGGGUGGCCUUCCCCCUCGCCCUGGUCAGCGGCAUCAUCUACAUCCACCUGCGGAAGCGGGAGUGAGCGCCCCGCCUCGCCCGGCGGCCCCCGCCCGCUCCCGGCCCCCCUCGCCGCGCGUCCUCCAGAAAAUAAAACUGUUUAACCGCGG